AUGUCUCAAAGGACACCUGAUGUUGAGGAUACUGGUGUCAUUAUAUGCGGCGGUGGCCCGACGGGAACGGUGCUGUCGGCGCUGCUCGGGGCAAUGAAAGUGCCAAACAUCGUCCUGGAAAGGGAAAAGGACAUCACCACCGAUCCUAGAGGCAUCGCCUUGGACGAAGAUGGAAUUCGAAUACUACAGUCGAUUGGAAUCUACGAUAAGAUAUACACAGAGAUUGGGACGUGUAUGGAGAUAUUCAACUUCGUCACUGGCAGUGAGUCGAAUCUAUACAAGAAACCACUGCUCACUAUGGAUUAUACGACUACGGAAGGAGGCACCGGUCAUGUUGGGUUUAUAUGUCACAAGCAGCCAGCAAUGGAAAAGGCGAUUCGAGACCAGAUCCACAAAAUCCCCUUCUCGGAAAUCCGGACCGAGUCUACCGUGACUGGGGUAUCUGAGGAUUUCCAACGGGUGACCGUCGAAUACAAGGACGCACACGGAGAGGUUCGAAAACUAGCAGCUCCAUUCUUGGUGGGAGCAGACGGGAAGACGGGCUACGUCAGGAAAUGCUACCUUGAGCCGAAAGGCGUCAUCAUGCAACGAUGCAAAGAGUCGGACUACGAGGAAACCUGGGUUGCAUUGAACUGGCAAAUUUCUUUGCCCACCGAGAAGACUCACCCAGAUUUCCCCCUGUGGCGGCUCGGGUACACGCCCGAACAAGUCUAUGAUCGCUUCUUUCCGAAACAAUUCCGGUUCCUCUGCAAUCCUAAGCGAGCUUCGGUGUGCGGGAGAUUCGGUCUGCAGGCGGAUCGGCUGUGGAGGUUCGAAUUCGUUGUUCUGGAAGGCGAAGACGGCGACAAAAUGGCCACGCCCGAGGAGACCAGCAAAAUCAUCUAUCCUUAUCUCACCCAUCCCGGCAGCUGGUAUGGUCUUCAGCAUCCAGUCAGAUUCCCCGAGGACUGCAUCAAGACCUUGAGAUCUCGGCCAUUUUCUUUUGUGGCGCGGAGUUGUAACAAGUGGUCCCUGGGAAGGGUCAUCUUAGCCGGCGAUGCGGCUCAUGUCUUCCCUCCUUUUGGCGGGCAAGGUAUUGCUUCUGGAUUUCGCGAUGCUUCCGCCCUGGCGUGGAGACUGGCGUUGCUACACCGGCAUCCGACAACAAACCAUGAAGCAGUGUUGACAGCAUGGUAUACCGAACGCAAGCAACAACUCGAACGCUCCCUAGCGGCCACCAUCCAGAACGGGGCGUAUGUAACAGAAUCGGACCCCAUCAAGGUCUUCAUUCGCGAAUGGUACAUGUGGGCCAUCCAACUUGUACCCAGCUGGAGGAAAGAGCUCCAAAAGGGCGCCCGAGCGCUAGGGAUGACGAGAUAUCGAUAUAGCCCCGGACUUGCAUUUGUGGGGGAGAUGGGAGGCGGCCUGCUCCUCCCACAAAUCUAUGCUUUCAACUUCAGGAAGAACGUGGUCGAAUUCACCGACGACUUGAUCUUCUCUUCCGAGAAAACGGGGUUGUUCCAGCUGCUCGUCUUACCGGACAAAGCCAAUGAGAUCCAGUCACUUACAAGAAACAUGGAGAACAUCGGCCACUUCUCGGGCAACUUCAUCCGGGGUGAGGAAGCCACGAUCCUCAUUCAGUCCACAGAGGCAUCCAUCUCGGCCGAAGAUAUGCCCACCCAACACGUGGCCCGUAUUGCAUCCGCCGAGGAGUUCGCGACAGACCCGCGUCUAUGCAAGAACCGACCUCCCCCAAUCGGUUACGAGGAGCUGCGGCUUCGUAGGGAAGUCCGGGGAAGGAAGUACGUGAUUCUUAGGCCCGAUCGCUUUGUCUUUGCGGCUUGUGAUACAGCGGCGGAGUUGAGGGAGGCUGUAAGCAAGCUUCCAAGCGCGUUGCAUUUGGGUUAA